UAAAUUGUCUUUGAGACCCCUCUUCCGGUUUCUUGUUGCCCUGGUAACAAGUGUAUUGUCACAACUUACCUUUGGAUAAUUUAUGAAAGGAAAUCUAGUCCACAUUAAUACUUCCUACAAAGGUAAAAAGUAAUGUCCGGGUAUGAGGAGCGGGCUCUGCUCGAGCUGAAUCAGAGCAGGGAGACGUGGUGUCAGGUGGAGAUGGACCCCCGGCAGGGCUGGGAGAGAUCCCAGAGGAGACAUUACCGGAGUCACUUGAAGACCAGCCCGGUUCUCCUUACAGCUCUGACCGGCAGACCGCAGCGCAGAGAGGCCUGCACCCAGCGGCCUGCCCCCGUCAAGCUCCCCGAGAGAAGGCACUUCGAGGAGGGCUACAAAACUCACCUGGUCUAGAGAGCUGCAGCCUUAGAAGAUGACCUGAGCUCUUACUACACAUACAGCUGGGACCCAGACAUGGGGCAACUUUCAGUAUUUUAUUUUCAUGACUAAUAUCUGACGUAAUACAAAACCCC